CCCAGGCAGCAGCGGAAGCGCACGUUGAAGCGCGAAGCCGAUUGGCGCACAACUGCGUGUGGGCCAAUGGGCGGCGAGGGCGAGGCCGAAUCCAAUUUGCAUUCCUUCUCAUCACUAUCAGCAUCAAACGGCCGUAGAGCAUACAUAGUCACUGCAGGCCAGUCAGUCAGACAGCCAGCGAUUAAAGGCGUAGCACACCCACCCACAUCGGGAUCAGCAUCAGCGAGCGAGGGAAAGAGGCAUGGUGAAGGGCGCAGGUUGGCAGGCUGCGAGAUCAUCCACGAGGACGACGACGACGACGACGACGACGUAGAAGAAGCUGCACUCGUCAAUAAUGAUGAACCCGCCAUCAUCCUCGCGCAGUAGCAGUGCACUUCCCUCAUCAUCAUCUCAGCAUCACUCAUCUCCGCAUCACCCCUCCCCUUCGACCGUUCCCUCUAAGCGUCGCUCCAAGGCCUCUCCAUCGGACGUAAUCUUCGGACAGCCUCCAGGAUCAGACGAAGCGGUCCAAUCGCUCGGUCCCUUGUCCAGCGACUCGUCACCUAGCUCUUCCUCGAGGCCUUCGAGUCGUCCAGGGUCGAGCAGGAAGAGACCACAUCCGAGGGGAUCGUCCCAGAGUGGGACAUUGACGCCUGCUGUUGUUGCGAGCCUUACCUCCUCGCCAAAGGGAAGGGACUCUGAGAACGAGGCAUCGCUACCUCGCGCUGCUGUUGGGGAUGUCAUUGAUGGAGUCAAAGUCCUCCCACUCAGCCUAGACGACGCCGACCCGUCAGACAUCCUCACCCUGGUAGGGGACAUGCUCCUCCGCCUCAUGCAGCACAACGACUCCCUUCCCCUCCACCCUUCCUCUCUCACCCGCUUCCAUUCCCGCGCCACGCCCGGGAUAAGCAUACAGUCCUACCUCCGACGUAUCGCCAAGUACACGUCACUGGACAAGGCGUGCACUCUCAUCCUCCUCGUAUACAUCGACCGCGUCUGCGAGCGCAUGAAAGGGUUCACCAUCUGCUCGCUCACCGUACAUCGUUUCGUGUGCGCGGCAGUAGUAUGUGCGACCAAGGCGCUCUGUGACGCUUUUUCGACGAAUGGACAUUAUGCGAGGGUGGGAGGGAUCAGCCUUGUAGAGCUCAACAUGCUCGAAAAGGAAUUCCUAGGGAUCAUUGAUUGGCACUUGACCUGCUCGGGAGGGUUGCUACAGCAUUACUACGUUUCGCUUGUGGGGAGUCAUCCGAGUUACAGGCUGGAGACGGAGCUAGGGGCCGAGGCAGGAGGGGAGGGAGGGAGUAGUAGCAGUAGUAGUGGGGAUAGUGAGGCGAGCGAGGCAGAGGAGGACGCAGCAGACGCGGGAUACGAUGCAGAGGGCAUCGCCGCUAUUGCGUCUGCGGCUGCAAACGGCGAAGUGGUCAAACCGUCUGCCGGUGCAUUGGCUGAAGAGCCAUACCUUGCGCGCAAGCAUCGCCUUCAUCACCAUCAUCAUCACUCUCAACGGGGGAGCGGGACAUCCACACCUGCGCUCGAAGCGGAUAGGAGGGCGCAGCAGAGAGGCAUCCCUAGCGCGGGUGGGGAGGCGGAGAUGGAGGAGUAA